UCGACACGCAAACGACGCGGACGUGAGAAGCAUGGACAAACCCAAGGCAGCACCCAAGGACGACCAUGGGAAAGGCGGCAAAGGACAAGAUGCCACCAAGGCGAAGCAUCAUGUGUCGAAGGAUGACUUGCACCACACUCUGCAUGCGCAUUUCCAAACCAGCAAAGGCAAGGAAAACGACAAGGUCAAGGCGAACAUCCGCAAGCAUGUCGUGUCGUUUCUGCAAGUGAAGAAGGUCAAGAAGGUGCACAAUUCAAACAAACGUCUGUUCAACUCGUUUGGGUCGUCUAAAUGCAAGCUGUUGUGCAUCACGACGCACGAAGCGAUGAACCCCGACAGCGCCGCACCGCAUACCGUUGUUCAGCUGCACCAUGUCAACUUUCUCUCGAACUUUACCAUUGAAAGCCGCAAGACAUGGUCGCUAGAGUCGUUAGAGUCCAUCGAGAACUGCCUCGACGACGCGCAAUUGUUUCCCAAGGGUGCAUUUCGAACCCAAUUCGACGACAAGGAGCAUGAGCCGGCGCAGUGGAUCGUUGACGACGACGUGCGACCAUGAUCAUGCUACCAUUCCACGACUUUAAUGUCAUGUAGGAAUCCCCGACGGCCAUGAUGGAGUUUAUAUGGAGCAUUCUAGCGUACUCGGCAGACACGUUGCACACAUUGCCCAAGACCACGUUUUCUCUCGACGAUCUCCACCUCUUAUCGCAACAGCUCAACUGGGCCAAGAAAUUUGCUCUAGAUGUGGACUUGGCGCGGUUUCAAGCAACGACCUCUACGCCCUUCGCCUCAAGCUCCAAACUCGCGCGGCAACGCUCCGCAAGCGUCGAUGCGUCUGCGGCGUCCGUGGCAGAGGCGUCGUCGUGGAAGUCGAUCGAGUACGACGACGCGGUCUCGUUGUUUGGCAGGAUUCAAUGGGGAGACUGCACUGCCGAGAGUGUCCAGUUGCAAUGGCAGCAGCGGCUCAAGCUCCUAGAAGACGACAACAUUGACUUUCUUCUGACUUUGCAAGCCAAGGACAAAGCCACCACGAUCGACGUGAUCACGUCCGCCGUGGACGUCGUCCUGCAGCAAGUCCACCGCGCGGAAAAGUGGACGGAAGAGGCCGAGGCGACGUUGGCGACAACCGCCGCCAACAUGUCCCAAUUCGAAACGUUGAACAACCACAUGGAAAUCCACUUCAAGAACAGCGUCGCGCUGCAGCAAACGCUGGACGCGAUGAUCCAGGACACUGACAUUCCACGGGAUACCAUGGGCUUGCUGUUGAAACCGGUGACGAUAUUCCCCCAUGACAACAACAUCCCCGAAGGUGAAGCGUCGUCCUCGGGUCCGUCGUUGCCCAAACUGUUGGAUGCGAUCCAACGCUUAGAACGUGCCAUCAAGUCGGUCGACUCGUACCCGGCCAAAAACAUGAUGGCAUUUCUAGCCCGUCGAGACGAGUUGUUGGCGUUGGGAGGGUCGUUUGCGGGGAAGGUGGCCACUGCCUUUGAUACGUACAUGCACACUCUUGCGAAAGCGACGCACAGUGCUGCCACCGCCGACCAGUUUGGCCAGUCGCGUCGGCGCUCGCUCAGUGGUGGCCACGAAGCGGCAAGUCCCCGCAAAAAUAUGUUUUCACGAGACCACCGCGAAGGGUCUGAUGCCAAAGAUGAUCGAACGCGCCGCCCUAGCUCCACGAAUCACGACGACGUGGAUUGGAGAUUUGGCAACGACAAAAUGCACUCAAACCUCAUCAAGUACCAGGAUAUCUUCCAAAGCAUCGUGGCGCUGAGCCCAAAGUCCGCCGUGAUCCUGCGUGACGUGUAUGCAAAGUACGUGGUGCCCGUGUACACUGCCCACAUCCAAGCUGUGUUUCGCACGCUCAAGGACAAAGUGCCCAAGCCCAAACCUCAUGGACUCAAGGCCUCGCAAUGGAACAUCAACUUGUCCUUCUCGCAUGCGCCUUCCGAGUCGACCAUUUCCGUCAGCGCGUCCACGCUGCUACAGCAAGCCCUCGAGCACAUCGUCCCGCUUUGCAUCGCCGAGCAGCAGUUCAUCCACGCCAUGUUCUUUGCGUCCACCAAGAAAGCAACAACCAAACCCGAGCCACUGGAGCUCACGCUGCUCAUGGAGAAAUUGUUUGAAAAGCUGCCGAAGCGACUGGUGGAGUUUGGAGACGCUGGCGUCAGUGCCAACGUGUUUGAAGCUGUGUCGAUGAUCGUGACGUGUCAGCAACAGCUCAAGGCACUGGACACGCCGACCGAGUACGUUGUGAAUACACUGCUCAACUUCCAGCUGCACUUGAAGCGAAGUCUGUCUAAGUACAUGGAGGACCAAGAGCUAUGGCUUGCAAGUACCCAUCCCGACACUAGGUUGGUGGGUGUGCUGACUCCUGUGCAGAAAAUGAUGAACUUGGUGACGCGGUUGGAUGAAGCUGCCGCAGGCAUCUCCAACGACGAGUCGGACAGUCCCCUGCCUGCGAUAUACGACCGCAUCAUCGUGGGUCUGUUUGCAUGGCUCGACAAAGCGGCGGCAACAAAGCCAAAGUACUCGCAUUUGGUUCGACUGGAAAACUACCACUUUAUUCACGGGAAGCUGCAAGGGCUGAGCGAGCACAGCGUUCCACUGAAGCGAUACACGGACGACUCGUUUGCUGCGUAUUCCACGAAUCUGGACGCGUACGUGAUGUGGUUGUGGGAGUGCGAAGUGGGCAAGUUUACGGCACUAUUCGCCACGAUCGAGACACACUUGGAGUCGCUGCCGGUGAAAGAAGUGCAAUUUCACUUGCCCAAGCAAGACGUGCGCAAGGCGGGGGAGCUGAUCCAUCAAAAUCUGGACAAGAGCAUCAAGCAUAUCGGGGAACGGUUGAAAAAGCACUUGAGUCACUCGGGUGACAUGGCCGCUGUCGUCGUGCAGUGUCUUCGCGCCACAAUUCUCAAGACUUACGAGCGCCACGCAAUGCUGGCGAAGAAAUGCUACGACUUGGAGCUGGAUUUGACCGUAGACCGCCUCCGAACGUCGCUGGAAAAGCUGCAUUGAUCAUGAUCAUGCCGUGCAUGUCAAGCGUACAAAUAGUAUUGCAAUACAUACUAUGUUCGGUCAG